AUGGAAGCUACACUGAUUUCUUCCAUGUACUCACCAUUCCUCCGAUUCAAUCCAAUCUCCACGAGAACGCAACACAAGAAGAAGACGAUGAUUGUGUGUGCUUCUGGUGCAGGGAACAAAGACCAUUACUACUACGGAGGAGGGAGAUUGGUGGAUGAGAACAUGAUCGUUCUAAGGAAACGCAUACACGAGAUGAAAAUGGUUGAACGUAACUACGAGCCUCCUUCUCAUUGGAUGGAUUGGGAGAAACGUUUAUACAACAGCUACGACUCUGUGAUUUGCGAUACCGUUGGUCUUCUCCAGAGUUUUCUCAUGAACUCUCGUCCAACCGUCGCAAUUGCGACUCUGCUACUUCUUCUCGUAAGCGUUCCACUUUCCUCCACCGCGAUCGCGUUUCGCCUACUUGACUUCCUUCAUUGGCUUCUCGCCGCCGCCGCAACAUCAGCGUGA